AUGGCAUCAAUCUUAGAUGAUAAUAGCUGGGACAAAGAAUGUGUCCCAGUAACCAGCGUUGCUGCUAGCCAGGACAGGCCAAGAAUCACCAGACAAUAUUCGACCACACAUCCCGUCGUCGCCGUAGGAAAUGUAUUGGACGACAACAGCUGGGACGAGGAGUGUGUAGCCCGACCGACCUAUCUCGCAACACCACAGGUCGUUUCAGAGGAGAACUGGGACGACGAGUGCGUCGAUGGGCCAGGCUACGACCCAGUUGCUGCCACAAAGGACAGAAUGUUCAUUAGGGAUGGACAUCAGGUGGCUAAAAAAAGCAAGACUGAGAAGAGGGCCUUCAGGCUAGCAGAACGGGGAAUCGAUAGAAUAGUAUUCAGAGAAGUGAUGCACAACACAUUUGACAUAAUAACGGAGAACAUGUUAAUGGAUAGAAUCUUUUGUGUUUGGGACAAACACAAUUGUGGUUUGAUAACUCUCGAGAACUGGUUCAACGGAUUGUCUUUGUUUCUGAAAGGCAGUAUUAAUAAACAAAUCGAGUACUGUUUCGCAGUUUAUGAUUUAAAUGCCGAUGGAUUCAUUACCAAAGAUGAAAUGUUCCAAUUACUUAGGAAUUGUUUAAUAAAACAUCCCCAAGAAGAAGACCCGGAUGAAAGUGUCAAAGAUUUGGUUGAUACAGUUAUGAGGAAAUUGGACAAAGACAAGGAUGGUAAAGUUUCCUUGGGUGAUUACAAGAAAACAGUAGAAGAAGAGCCUUUGCUUAUAGAGGCAUUUGGGCGAUGUCUACCCUCUGAAAAAUCAAAGCUAACUUUUUUAACCACCUUAAGAUCAUAAGACUAAAAUUAUAUGGCAAAUA